AUGCAUUCGGGAGGUGCCACUGCGGCUUCACUCCACCCUUCAAACGAAAAUGUAACUGAGGCACCACCGUUUGAUGUAAAGGCGUUAAAAAAGGACAUUGAAGACAUGCUCUCCAGCCGCAUGUCCAAGGGGCCUCUCUUCGUGCGACUUGCAUGGCACGAGGCUGCAUCAUGGGACUGCCGGAAAAAAGAUGGGAGCCCCAACUCCGCCUCGAUGCGUUUCCACCCGGAGUGCGAUUAUGCCGACAACAAGGGGCUUGAUAAAGGACGAGAUGCGCUGGAGCCGCUUAAGGAAAAGUACCCGAACAUUUCGUACGCCGACUUGUGGUCCUUUGCCGCGGUGGUCUCGAUUGAGGCGAUGGGCGGUCCGAAGGUUCCGUGGCGGUGGGGACGCGUGGAUGCCAAGGACGGCAGCGUCUGUGGCCCCGAUGGACGUCUUCCUGAUCCAUCCAAAACACAGGAUCAUGUGCGGGAUAUCUUUUCACGUCUUGGCUUCAGUGAUGAGGAGGCUGUUGCUUUGAUCGGAGCUCACACCUGUGGCGAGUGCCACUUGAGGAACACUGGCUAUGUGGGUCCAUGGACACACGACAAGUACGGCUUUGAUAACUCUUUUUUUACGGAACUCCUCGGCAACGAGUGGGUAUUGAACCCCGAUGUGAAGAAAAUGCAGUUCAUGGACAGAAACACCAAGCGUAUUAUGAUGUUGCCUGCAGAUGUGGCUCUUCUCCUUGACGACAAGUACCGCUCCAUCGCGAAAAAGUACGCGGAUGAUAAUGAUGUCUUUUGCAAAGCCUUCAGCAAAGCCUAUCAAAAGUUGCUUGAGGUUGGCACCAAGAACCUAAAGUCUCUCCCGGCGGAGGAGAAAUAG